ACACAGCAGUCGUAAUUUUGAAUCGUGUAGUUCGUGUUGUGUGACUUGUGUCCUAAUUUGAAUCUUGAAAUAAUCAAUAGGAUUCUCCUAAUCAAUACCUAUUUGGACAUUGUAUUAAAUUUGUUGCUGAAGUGAUAUUUUUCUAGCAGAGAACAUGAAUAGCCAACAUCUGUCUAGAGGUUCCAAACCGCCUCCUCCGCCAAAACAUGGCAAACUACGAUUAUAUAGCAACCGAUUUUGUCCAUACUCUCAAAGAGUAAUCUUGGUAUUGGAUUCGAAAAAAUUAUCAUACGAUGUAGUCAACAUUAAUCUAUCGAAUAAACCAGACUGGUUGUACGAUAGAGUCCCUCAGGGGAAAAUACCAGCCUUAGAAACAGAAACCGGAGAUAUAUUAUGUGAAAGUCUGAUAAUAGUCGAUUACUUGGACGAGCGUUACCACCAGCAUCAGUUGCAUCCGAAGGAUCCCUUACAAAAAGCAAAAGAUCGAAUGCUGAUCGAACAAUUCAAUCGGAUCAUCAGUACGAUGUACAGGGUGAUGAUGCACGUAGGUCGGAUAGGUUUGGACGACGACGAGGCCAUCUCCAGUGGACUUUCGAAGUUUGAAAGGGAGCUCUCCGAACGCAGUGGACCUUUCUUCGCGGGAAACAAGCCUGGCAUGCUGGAUUUCAUGAUUUGGCCCUGGUGCGAAAGGGCUGACAUACUGAAGCUCUUCGGCAACCAGCAUUUGCUGCGGCGGGAUAAAUACAAGAAACUGAUGGAAUGGCGCAAUCGUAUGACCGAAGAAACCACCGUUAAGAAGAGUUUGUUGGAUUCUGAUUUUCACGUAAAGUAUUUGCAGUCUUACAGAGCUGGUAUGCCUGACUAUGAUAUAAUUUUGAAUUCCAAGUGAACUUCAUCGCGUAGGAAUACGCAAAAUUGUACUUGAAGCACAAAAAACCCAUCCCACAUACUUAAAAUUAUAUUUUAUGUUAUAUUUAUAAUGCAUUUAUCACUUUAUUUAUAAAAUAGUUGGUUGAAUAAUAUAACGAUACCUAUAUAUGU